AAAAAGAUCCGUCAGCAUAUAAAAUGAAAAAAAUAGAAACACAUUGAACAGUAGUCUCUAACCCUAACCCUCGAUCACAAUUUAUUUCUCUCUCUACAUUUAUCCAAUCUGUCUUUUUAUCUGAAAAUUCGACAAAAUCUCCACACAAUUUUGGAUUCCAGCAUCAAAUUAUCUUUUCCGAAUUUCAGUAGCAGGUAAGAAAAGUUACAGAAACGAAGUUAGAAGAUUGCGUUUUUUCAACGAAACACGAAACUCGGAUCUUCCAAGAAUUUGAAGGAGAGAUGAUUAAUUUGUUUAAAGUGAAAGCGAAACAAAGGGAAACUGCUGAAACUUGUAAUGGCAAGACGCCUGUGAAGAAGCAAUCAGCUGGAGAACUACGUCUUCAUAAAGAUAUCAGUGAACUGAACCUGCCAAAGUCGUGUAACAUAUCAUUUCCCAAGGGAAAGGAUGAACUGAUGAGCUUUGAAGUUACCAUUCGGCCUGAUGAAGGAUAUUAUUUAGGUGGUACAUUUGUGUUCACCUUCCAAGUUCCAUCUGUAUACCCUCAUGAGCCGCCUAAGGUUAAGUGCAAGACAAAGGUGUACCAUCCUAACAUUGACUUGGAAGGUAACGUCUGCCUCAACAUUUUAAGAGAAGACUGGAAACCUGUCUUGAACAUAAACACAGUCAUUUAUGGGCUUUAUCACCUCUUCACGCAACCAAACUAUGAAGACCCUCUAAAUCAUGAUGCCGCAGCUGUGUUGAGGGAUAAUCCAAAAAUGUUUGAAUCUAAUGUCAGAAGAGCUAUGGCUGGGGGUUAUGUGGGGCAAACUUACUUCACGAGGUGCGUAUCUUGAGUAAGAAUUACGAGGCGGUAAACAUGGAUGCAAAGGGGCAUCUUUGACUUCCUGGGUACUACUAUAUCUAUAAUUUGUACCAGUUCCACCAGCAGUGUGUAUUUGGUAUGCUUGGUAUACUUUGUGUUUGCAACAAGAAAUUAGUCAAAAUGGCUUGCAGUUCCAUGGUUUCCUCUUUCUUCUGAUGCCAAAACAUUGGUUAACACUGGUACUGGUUAUGCAAACAUUUUUUUUUUUUUUUUUACUCCAUGUGUAUGUGUAUCUACUAAUGUGGAGAAGAACAGAUUUCAUCUUGUGAAGAGAAGAUUUAAUAUGUUUGUUGUGCAA